ACCGCCACGCGCUGGCGUGACUCCCGUCCCGCGCCGCGCCCUCCCGCGUCCGCAGCCAGCUCGGCUUCCUGCCCGCCCAGACGCCGCUUGUCCCGAGCUCCCGGUUUCGGCUCCGCGGAGGGAGAGGAAAUGAGUGCGGCCGCGGCGCCGGCGCCCGAGCGCGGUUGGAAGAGCGAGAAAGUGGACGAGGCUCAGGCCCUGGCGCGGAGUUGCGCCGCUCGGAGACCCGACUUCCAGCCGUGCGACGGGCUCUCCAUCUGUGCCACGCACAGCCAUGGCAAGUGCUUCAAGCUGCACUGGUGCUGUCACCUAGGAUGGUGUCACUGCAAGUAUGUGUAUCAGCCGAUGACCCCUGUGGAACAGCUUCCAAGCACUGAGAUUCCCGCAAAGCCCCGGGAACCCACAAACACCAUUCAGAUCUCAGUCUCCCUCACUGAACACUUUUUGAAAUUUGCAUCUGUCUUCCAGCCUCCUCUCCCGCCUGAUUCACCAAGGUACUGUAUGAUCUCAGACCUCUUUAUUGACAACUAUCAGGUUAAAUGUAUCAAUGGGAAGAUGUGCUAUGUGCAGAAGCAGCCGGCGCCACAUUCCCACAAAAUGAGCCCCGAGGAGGUCUCUGCACACGAUGCCUUAAUUUCAAAAGAGAACAAUACACCAAAAAUAGAUCACUGCUCUUCUCCCUCAAGUUCUGAGGACUCUGGGAUCAAUGCAGUUGGGGCUCACUAUGUGGAAUCGUGUGAUGAGGACACGGAAGAGGGAGCAGAACUGAGUUCAGAGGAAGAUUACAGUCCAGAGAGCAGCUGGGAACCGGACGAGUGCACCCUUCUCUCCCCCUCGCAGUCUGAUCUGGAAGUGAUUGAAACAAUAGAAACCACUGUGUGAGGGUCCAGUUCAAUCACUGGGAACUGGUAAUGCUUUUAACCCUUGGUGUCCCACCCCCAGUACUCUGCUGAAUGAAGGAGUAAGACAGGACCUCGGGACUCAGGCUCCCCGAGGUGGGGUUCAAGGAGGGGCAAUUAGAAGUCAGAUGGAAUUCUUCAGGAACCAGGCAGAUGAGGGAAUUUGAUGGAAAUACAAGUGAAAAACAAGGUAAAGUAAAUUUGUCAAAUAUUAAUGGUGUUUUUCUAUUUGCUUUUUCAAAUUUUCCUGGUUUCCUAAAAUGAAUUGAUGUUACUUUAUCAUCAGAAACACACCCAGUAAGCUGUUUUGAAGAUCGUGAGUCCUAGGACAGUGAGCACCGUGGAGCCUGACUCUGCAGGUUUGUGGGAGGAAGUGGGGAGCCGGUGAGUCUGGGCAGCAAUGCACUCCCACCCCCCACCCCCGCCUGCGGUGGCAGGGACUGAAGGCUGGACUGAGGACUGUGUGUCCUGGAUCCACCCGGCCUCCCCAGGCAGUGACCUCAUUCCAGGCCUUCAUCCAUCGCUGGAAGGUUCUUGGGCCAGUGGGUUGGAGAAGAGGAGGGGAUUUGUUUCUUACUGUCCUCAGUCCCCAGCCCGAAACUGUAUGAAUUUAGGGAUAGGAGAUCAGAAAGCUUGGGCUCUAGUGGGACAUCUUCGUCCUCUGUGACACCUAUCCUGUCACCUAGUGUAAAAUCCCAGUUGGCUUAUCCCGAGAAGGAGGUCUGGAGCGCCACUGCAAGGUAACGACAGGAAACGCCCCAUCGUGGGCCCACGAAGCCCUGCAGGUUCUGAAGGGGACUUACACGCAUUUUCCUGGAUGUCAGCUUGUCUGCCAAACUCAGCAACUCUGUGUGACAGGCGGGACAGGAUAAUUUUGUGAGUUUUUGGCUGAAGCAUCCGAGAGCUAAGUCAACGAUAGAGGCAGGUGAGUUACUCGUACGCGGCAAGUAAGUGACAGGGCCAGAGCUCCAAACUUCUGUUGAUUCCAAAUCCAGCCGGUGUUACCCCUUGUUGUUGAGGCCCAGCAGUCACACCUGCCCUGCUUAGGCCUGGUUCCACUGCUCCCCCACACUCACCUCUUGGCCCUGACCUGAGGCCCAGAGGCCCUCCCAGCCCCGCCCACACCACCAGCCCUUCCUCUAGGCAGGGAUUAGGGGGCAUCCAGGAGCCACAGCCCAGCCCUCCAGGCAUCACCUGGUGCUGCCCUUGUUGCCAAGUUGCUGUGACUUUCUGCCUCUCCUGGCUGGACCUCGAACUGGCUCUGACCUGAGACCCAGACGAGACCCAGAUGCUGCCUCAGGCUCAGGGGUGGCCCAGGAUCUAAGACUUCUCUCGGGAAUUGGCCUCGGCGCAUAGGGCUUUUGGUAUUAGCCACUUCUGCUUCCUCCCCCUCCCAGCCCGGUUCAGGUACCAACUGCUCCUCGUGGUAAGCACUGGUCAUCACCCCCUUAGGCUUGCCUCCCAGGGCCAGCCUACUCCAGGGCACUGUGUAGACCCUGCCUGAUGACCCAGCCCUGAACUAGGGCCCCACGUACUAGACAAAGGGCUGGGCUCUGCCCCAGUGUUUAGAAUCUGCCUGUGUGAACUGCGAUGCCAAAAUUCACCAAGCAGAUGUUGGUGCACCCCUGUACCAGCAGAAGGACCUGGAAGAGCCACCACAGUGUAUGUGCAGUGCUCUAAGCGGCCACGCAGUCGGCUGCGGUUCCGCACUGUCUGGAGGGUGGGCUUCCCGAGGGUGGGCUUGGAUUUGCACAGGAAUCCACAGAGCCUGUUUUCCCUGGGAAUCUAAAAUAACAAGGGGUAACUCUAGCAUGAUUUAGAAGCUGCACUGAGUAUGGGAAGACACCAGGGAUUUGGGUUUCUAGAGGAACCCAAGGUCCUGGGUCAGUGGGCCCAGAGUGGGUGCUUCUGGACAGGUCACUAGGUCAGCAUAAAAUCAGGGAGUCCAAGAAUUCAUUGUGGUCCUUGCACAUUUUGGGGGCUCCAAAAGAGAUCAGUUCUUCCCCAGAGGAUUUAUUCUUAGGCCGACAUAUCCAAGAAUCACAGAGAGGCAGUGGAUUCCUGGAGCUGCAAUGUGUUUCCUGAAUCAAACAGGAAAUCACUUUGGCCCCAUGUUAUGCCUGAUACAGCCACUCAGAAAGGCAGUAACAGACUGACGGAAAGGUCAGUGAUGGGGAGGACAAAGGGAGGGAGUUGACCAAAAAUCACCAUCUCAGGUGGAGGUGGGCUGUGGGAGCUUUGAAGAAUGAUGGGCCAAAUCACUCUUCAGGAGAGAGAGGAGAGGCCAGGCAGGGCAAACCAUGAGGUCCUCCAGUUUGCUAGGGGCUGGGACAUGGCCCUUUAAGACUAUCAGGAUCAAAUACUAACCUUUGAGAUGUACGUAGUGCAGAGUUCUGAGGGAACAGAUGUCAGGUAGGAAUGGGGGCUACUGGCCUCACUCAGUUACUGAGGAGUGAAGCCAAGGCCCAUCCCCACUGGCUCCUGAGCUAACCGGCCCUGGCUGGGGCAGGAGGCUGAAGCCAGGGCCUGUGCAGCAAGACCAGGCUUGGGAAGGGACUGCAGGGGGCGGCAUGUGCGUAUUACCUAUCCCACCGCCUCCGAAGCUGUGGAUGUUCAGUCACUUACACAGGAGGCAUGUAUUCAAAGAGGUGUUAGCACCUACCCUCCUACCCUGCAAAGUCAUUCCUAAGUUUAUACCCAACAGAAAUGUGUACAUACGGCCACCAAAAGACAGGAAGAAAAAUGGUAAUGGGCCACCACUAGAAACAAACCAAACGCCCUUUAGCAACAGAAUGGGUAAGUUAUGGUAUAUUCAUACAACGGAAGACUAUUCAGCAGCGAGAAUGAGUAACAUAGACAAAUCUUACAGAUGUAACUGGAAUGAAAGAAGCUACUUCCAAAAGAAUAAUGUACCUUUUUAAAAAUGAAGUUCAAAGCAGGUGAUGUUAGAAGUCAGGGUGGUGGUUGUCUUGCGGGGUGGGAGUGAUGAACGGAAAAUUCAGGGGACAUCUGGGGUGUUGGUCGUUCCUGUUUGCUUGAUCUGGGUGCUGGUCGUACCAGUGUGUUCACUCCAUGAAGUAAUCUAGCUUUUCACACGUGGUUUGUGAACAUUUCUGCCCAUAAAAGGUUUACUUUAAAAAGAGACUUAAAAGACAGUGGCAGGUACCCAGCUUUCAGCACUGUGCUAUGGAGGACAAGGCGUGGCCCAAACACAAUCCUUCCUUCAGGAGUGAUGGAGGCAGACAGGAAAACGCAAGCAUGGAAACAAGGUGAGUCCAGCUGCCACCUUCAUGGAGAAGUGGAGAAGGCUUGGUAGAUUGCUGGGCUGUGGAGGAGGCUGGUGGCCAGGAGAUGGCCACAGAGGCCCCGGACAGGAGGGUUCGCUAGGAUGAGCCCUCGGAGAGCCGGGGCAGCCCCCUGGAGCCCAGUGGUGGUCAGACUGCCCAGGCCUGGAGUCUGCCCUGGGCUACCCGGAGGGCAACACACCAGGCCUUUCCUGCAGCUCUGGGCAUGUCACAGGUGUCUGAUUCUGGACAUGCACCUUUGGAAAAACAUUUUCAGCAGGCAGAGCUGAGUGGAAACAUACUGCUUCUAAAAGGAUCUCCAAAGCACUGAAUUAUUUAUUCGCAGCCACAUUCAUCAUUGAUGAGGCCCCUGUCGGCUUCCCUCAUCCACAAACACCUUCCCUCCCCACUCACCAGGCUCUGGGUGGUAAUGUGUUGCCUUUAUAAAGCAUCUCUUGCACGUCACCGGGACCUUUGCUACAGACGGAGCAGAUGCGUCUUUAUUUUUCAGAAGAGUCGCAGCCUUCCUCUGCUCACACCUGAGCCGUGGGGGGCUGUGCCUAGAACCCGGGGCUCCUGACUGGCAGCCCAGGUUUCUUUCCACGGUCCAUUCUGCUUCUCAUGGGGAACUGGGUGAGACCAUUUCCCCACCCUCACCCCCAGUGGCAGGAGGGCGGGGCAGUAGCUCAAGCUGUGAGUUGAGUGACCAUUUUCAGAUGGUCCAUUCAAAUACUUACUGUUUACCACGUACAAAGGAGAAACAGGCUGUGAUGGACACAGCUGUGUUUUGGCCAGAGUCCCUCCCCUCUCCUCUUAGGAUCCUGAUUUCCUUUCAGAAGCUCGUCUCUCCCUCCCCCCAGGGGCCAGCAUGGAAGAAGGCGGCUCAGACCAGGUACCUGCCCUCCUCACAUGGUAGCUGGUGGGUGCCUAGAACCUCCCUCCCCACAUCCUUCCUUUUACCACCUGUCCUAGUCCAGUGGUGGGCAUGUGGCCUGGAAGAGCAUCUGGAGCUCGGUGCUGGGGCUGGUGCGGGUGCUCAGAGCUGCUGCUCCUGGAUACAGGGAGCCCCAGCCCCUCAGUGAGCUCCCGUGGUCAUGUCAGCAGAACCACUGCUGCUGCUGCCCGAGCCUGGAUAGAUUUCCAGAUAGUCUCUGUCCCCAAGGAACUGCUUUGAAGUGGGACCCAUAUUGCUGCAGAAUAGAGCAUGUAAGUGCCAUGAGGGCCAGGGACUGGGCCCAGCACUGCCCAGCCCUUGGUCAGCUUCUCAUCUACCCUCAGAUGAGACGAGAGGGCUCUUCAAAUCCAAUGCAGAAGGCAUGACCUGGAUCUAAAGCUGCUGUCACUUAGUCAGUGGUGCUGUGCCUUGAAUGACAGAGACUAUUGGGGAUGAUAAACUAGGAAAGGGACUGGAGGAGAGCGCUUUGGUGGUGUCAUGGGUCCUGGUUUGAAUGGGGCUCCGAUACUCAGUAAACUGCCUUGGCUCUUUAGAGAGUGAAGAAGGGCAGGCAGUCUCAAGUUUGCUUUGAGAAUAUCAGGCCCCUUUGGUCUUAAUUUUAGGCUCAAGAAACCUUCUGAUACAGAAUUUGGGGAGGUGGCAUUACUGGCUCUGGAAUCAGCUCUGAGUUCAGAUCUGUGCUCUGCCACUUCUCAAGUGUGCGUUUGGUUCAGUUAUUGCCCACGUCUGAGUCUCGGCUUUCUUGUCUGUAGAACAGGGUUGACUGUCACGUGGCUGCAGCGGGUAUCCAGUCGGUGGUCACUUCCCCUAGUGUGGCUUCCUCGUGCUGCCAUCUUGGGAGUAGUUCUGUGUAAGCGUUAGGCUAACGUUUCUGGCGCGUUUGCUGCGUGCCUGCAGAGUUCUGUUUUCACAGGCGCUCUCAUUUAGUCACCACCAUGGCCUUCCUUUACAAAGAAACUGAAGCCGAGAGAGGUUGUGACUUGCUGAGGAUCACAGCUAGGCUGUGGCAGAAGCAGGAUCUAUUUUCUAUUAAAAGUUGUAUCUGGUUUCUGCAUCUGUCCCCUGGGGAUUGUUCUGGAGGAUUGGAAAAGAUGAACAUGGAAAGGACCCAGCAUGCUGCCUGGUGCCCAGAAGGUGCUCACUAGUUAUUGGGCCGUUAGGAGCACCAUGGGCUCCUGGCCGGGACACGGGUGGGCCCGCCCUGCGUGCUCAGUGGCUUGGGCCUCACAGCCAGUUCCCGGGAGCCCGUCCAGAGUGAAGUGCAAAUGGAGCACCUGCGCCCGUGAGGCGGACGCCUCAUCCUGCGUGUGUGGUGCGACCUCCUGCGGUUAUUGGUUCCAUGACAUCCAAGGGCCCUGGGCCAAGAAGCGUAAAAAUACUGCUCUGGCAGCCUAGUCGCUGUCAGAGGAGCACCCGGACGGAUGGGCCUAUGAUGCAGUUGCUCAUUUGAAGACAGGCAGGGCUGCCACAGUCAGGGGCCUUGACUGAGCUACUAGAACUGAACUAGGGCAACAAGGGUUCUAAACAUCCUUUACGACUUGAUAGACGGAGAGCGAGACAGCCAGCAGGCCUGCAGGACUAAACAGGAGGCGUUUAUUGUUAGAAAUGGCAGGCCUUACACUUAAGCAGGUUG